UUGUGCAGUUGGAGCUGGAAGGAGCACUGAUUAGUAGUCGGUCCAAUAUCCAUUGAACAGUAAAGGUUAUUUAGAUUAUUGGCUUUCUGAAGUGAGAAAGCAAAGAAGAACAGAAUCUGCAAAACCAAGGAAGAGACACGAUGAGUACUGCAGGCAAGGUCAUUAAAUGCAAAGCAGCAAUUGCUUGGGAGAUUAAGAAACCCCUGAGCAUUGAACAGAUAGAAGUAAGCCCUCCAAAGGCUCAUGAAGUUCGCAUUAAGAUUUUGGCCACAGGGAUAUGUCGCUCAGAUGACCAUGUGAUCAGUGGUGCUUUUGCUAUGCCUUUACCAAUGGUUCUGGGCCAUGAAGCAGCUGGUGUUGUGGAGAGCGUUGGAGAGGGAGUCACCUGUGUAAAACCAGGAGACAAAGUAAUCCCACUCUUUGUUCCACAGUGUGGAAAAUGCAGCUCUUGCCAAAGUACCAAAGGCAACCUCUGUACUGCAAAUGACCUCAGUAGUGGUCAAGGCUUAAUGCCAGAUGGCACCUGCAGGUUCACCUGCAAAGGAAAGAGUCUUCACCAUUUCAUCAGCACCAGUACCUUCACUGAAUACACUGUGGUGCAUGAAAAUGCAGUGGUCAAGAUUGAUGAUGCUGCCCCUUUGGAAAAAGUAUGUCUGGUUGGCUGUGGGUUUUCUACUGGUUAUGGAGCAGCUGUUCAAACAGCAAAGGUGGAGCCUGGGUCUACCUGUGCUGUCUUUGGCUUGGGAGGAGUUGGUCUCUCAGCAGUGAUGGGUUGCAAAGCAGCUGGAGCAUCACGAAUCAUUGGUGUGGACAUCAACAAGGACAAAUUUCCUAAGGCGAAAGAGUUGGGAGCCACCGAGUGCGUCAAUCCCCUGGAUUUCAAGAAGCCCAUCAAUGAAGUGCUGUUUGAUUUGACAGGCGGAGAAGGUGUAGACUAUUCAUUUGAAGUGAUUGGGCGUAUAGAUACCAUGACUGCAGCUCUGGCUUCUUGCCACAACAACUAUGGGACCAGUGUGAUUGUGGGAGUGCCUCCUUCAGCAGCUCAAAUCUCUUUAGAUCCAAUGUUGCUUUUCACAGGACGUACCUGGAAAGGAUCAGUCUUUGGAGGAUGGAAGAGCAAGGACUCUGUCCCUAAACUCGUUUCUGAUUUCAUGGGGAAGAAAUUCAUUUUGGAUCCACUGAUAACACACACAAUGCCUUUUGAGAAAAUUAAUGAAGGAUUUGAACUGCUCCGGUCAGGAAAGAGCAUCCGCACUGUCUUGACCUUUUAAGAUCUUGGUGUAAGAAGAAGGACAGCAAAGAAUCACAGUUGAAGUUCCUUCUCUAAAAUGUUGACAUCUACAGCGUGCAAUGUUUUUCUUUCCUUCUCUUGCUCUAUGCUCACAUCUUCUUAAUGGACUGAAUGGAUGCUGGAAACUCUUGAAGAGAUUUAUUUUUGAAAGAAUAUCACCAUUAUGGCUUAAAAUAUAUACAUACUUGCUAAAUGAAUUGUCCAGAUAAUGGCAGAAAGCCAGCUCCAGCCACAUAAAAUAUAUCUUUUUGGCAUAAUAUAUUUUUCACACAAUGAUCUCUUUCUCCCUUCAUUUUUUUUAAAUCACAAUUCUCCCAUGUUAAUAGUCAUGAUGUGAUCAUGGUUUUCUUUUUAGCUUGAUUAUUUGUUUCCAAUCAAGAGAUGAUGUACUAUAUUGGACUAAAAUGCUUAGCUUCAUGUGUUUGGUCUCUGAGUUAAUAUUAAAUAUAAACUUUUGUCUUGA